AUGAACCAAGCCUCGGGGGACAUAUGCUCAAGUACUGUGGCUGCAUUGGUUUCCCCCUGUGUCGCAGCCAGAGACUACCGGGAAAUGGAGGUUUCUCGGCCAGGACACAUGGGUACUCACCCACCAAGCCUCAUGGAAGCUGUGACAUUUGGUGAUGUGGCUGUGCACUUCUCACGGGAGGAGUGGCAGUGCCUGGACCCUGGCCAGAGGGCCCUCUACAAGGAGGUGAUGCUGGAGAACCACAGCAGUGUGGCCGGACUAGCAGGAUUUCUGCUUUUCAAGCCUGAGCUGAUCUCCCGGCUGGAGCAAGGGCAAGAGCCAUGGGUCCUUGACCUGCAGGGAACAGAGGCGAGAGAGGCACGAAGGACCCUCCAGACAGAUUCUCCAAUAAGCACUGAUGGUGAGCAGGCUGGUGAAGAUGUGCACUUGCUAAAAUCAGAAUCUCUGACAGCGAUGGUCAAAAUGACCCCUUGGGAUUAUCCUCAGAGUCCUGGAUUUGGAGACAUGUCUGAUCCCGAGGUCUGGCCAGAGAGUAAGCUAAGCUCUCUCUUUCAGAAACACCACUUGCACACAGGGACUGUGGCUUCCAGAAAGACCUCUGCCAAGGAGGAUAAGCAGGGACAUGUCAGCCUGGGUUGUCAACCUGAGAAAAGUCAGGAGGUUGCUGUAGACAGGCCAUCUCGAAGAUGCGAUGUGUGUGGCAGCAGUUUCAGAUUCAUGGCUCUGCCUCACUUCGGUGGACAGAAGAAAUGUAACAGAUGUCAGGAGUGUGAGAAAAAGUUGUCUGAUUGCUUUAAGGGGAAACAUCAAACUAACUGCCAUAGAGAAAAGUCAUAUGGGUGUGGGGAAUGUGGGAAACUCUUCAGGUUGUGCUCACAGCUUAAUCAGCAUCAGAGAAUCCACACUGGAGAGAAACCAUUCAAAUGCAUAGAGUGUGGGAAAGCCUUUCGCCUGAGCUCAAAACUUAUUCAACAUCAAAGAAUUCAUACUGGAGAGAAACCCUACAGGUGUGAGGAGUGUGGAAAAGCCUUUGGUCAGAGCUCCAGUCUUAUCCACCAUCAGAGGGUACACACAGGAGAGAGGCCCUAUGGCUGUCGUGAGUGUGGGAAGGCCUUCAGCCAGCAGUCUCAGCUGGUCAGACACCAGAGGACUCACACUGGAGAGAGGCCCUACUCAUGCCAGGAAUGUGGGAAGGCCUUCAGUCAGAGUUCAACUCUGGCUCAGCACCAGCUGAUGCACACUGGGGAGAAGCCUCCAGUUCCAAAAACCCUGGAUGGUGCCAGCCUUGUUGCACACCAGAGAAUCCACGCUGCAGAGAAGCCAUUUAAAUGUGAUGAGUGUGGGAAGGCUUUCAGGUGGGUCUCUCGGCUUAGUCAGCACCAGCUGAUUCACACUGGAGAGAAACCAUAUAAAUGCAACAAAUGUGCAAAAGCCUUUGGUUGUAGCUCACGGCUUAUUCGACACCAAAGAACUCACACUGGAGAAAAACCUUUCAAAUGUGAUGAGUGUGGGAAGGGCUUUGUCCAGGGCUCACACCUGAUUCAGCACCAGAGAAUUCACACCGGAGAGAAGCCCUAUGAGUGUAGUGAUUGUGGAAAAGCCUUCAGCCAGAGUUCAAGCCUCAUUUACCAUCAGAGAAUCCACAAGGGAGAGAAACCCUACGAGUGCCUGGAAUGUGGAAAAGCCUUCAGUAUGAGCACACAGCUCACAAUUCAUCAGAGGGUUCACACUGGGGAGAGACCCUAUAAAUGUGGUGAGUGCGGGAAAGCCUUUAGUCAGAACUCAACCCUUUUCCAACACCAGAUAAUUCAUGCUGGAGUAAAGCCUUAUGGAUGCAAUGAGUGUGGGAAAGCCUUUAGUCGAAGUUCAUACCUUAUUGAGCACCAGAGGAUUCACACACGUGCCCAAUGGUACCAUGAAUAUGGGGGCACCCUCGAGGGUUCUACCCAUGUGAGCCGUAAAAAAGUUAACACUGUAAAGAAACUACACAAGUGUAAUGAAUGUGAGAAAAUAUUCAGAUGGCGCUCCCAUCUCAUUAUACAUCAGAGGAUUCACACUGGAGAGAAGCCUUAUAAAUGUAAUGAAUGUGGCAAAGCCUUUAAUCGGAGCUCAAGGCUCACUCAGCAUCAGAAGAUUCAUAUGGGAUAG